AACUGCGUCACGGACUUGGCAGCCGCCUAAAUGCCCGCGCCACCUCUCCCCGGCGCCGGCAGGCGGCACAUGAGCCUCUCCCUCCUCGCCGACCGCUGCUCCACUCUCCGGGGGCUCGCCCUCGUCCACGCGGCCAUGCUCGUCUCCGGCCGCCUCGCCGACGACGCCUUCGCGGCCUCCCGCCUCCUCAACGCCUACGCCAACCUCUCCCCUCCCGCCGCCGUCCUCCGCUUCCUCUCCUCCCUCCCCUACGCCCCCAACUCCUUCAUGCUCAACACCACCCUCCGCGCCCUCGCCUCAUCCCCCGACCCUGCCUCCGCGUUCCCCUUCUUCUCCCUCCACCGCCGCUCCGGCAGCUCCUCCUACUCCCCUGGCAGGCACACCUUCCCGUUCCUCCUCAAGGCCUCCGCCCGCCUCGCUCUCCCCGUAUCCCAGCAGAUCCAUGCACUCGUUGUGAAGCACGGGCUCCAUCUUGACACCUAUGUCGCUAACGGCCUCGUCCGGGCAUACUCUGUAGCAGGCCUCAUUGGGGUCGCGCGGAAGGUGUUCGAUGGAUUGCCGGAGCGAAGCACAGUGGUGUAUACCACAAUGGUGUCCGGGUACACGCUGAACGGGUGUUAUGAGGAUGCCAUGGGUGCGUUUGGUGAGAUGAUUAACGAGGGGUUCGAGCCUGGUGACGUGGUUUUAGCAUCGGUGCUGUCGGCAUGUGCACGGUCGGAGUCAGGUGGGCUUGUGAUAGGGCGGCGCGUGCACAAUAUCAUUGAGAUGAGGGGGGUGGAGGCACCUGUCGGGGUGAUCCUUAGCACGGCAUUGGUUGACAUGUAUGCGAAGAACGCAGCUAUCGAGGAGGCAGUGACGGUGUUCAAGGGAAUGCCGGAGCGGCGUACAGCGACAUGGAACGCCCUGAUCUCAGGGUUGGCGCACCAUGGGCAUGGCAAGUAUGCACUCGUAAUGUUCCAGCAGAUGCUCCAGGAGGGCGUGCCCCCGAAUGCAACCACUUUUGUUGGGGUUCUGUCCGCAUACUGCCUCUCAGGGAUGAUUGACGAGGCCCGCAAAGCGUUUAGAUCUAUGAAAGACUUUGGGCUGACUCCGAGCAUCCAACACUAUGGGUGCAUGGUCGACCUCCUCGGCCGUAGUGGACUCCUAGUGGAGGCAGAGGAGAUGAUACGUGGGAUGACUUGCGAGGCGGACACCAUGAUCUGGGGGGCUCUUCUUACAGCCUGCAGGAACCAUGGCAACAUUGACAUUGCACUACGGACCGCGUUAGAGAUACUGAAACUGGACCCUGAAAACCAUGGCGUGUAUGUGGUACUAUCCAACAUAUAUGCAGAUGCUGGGAGGUGGCAGGACGUGGACAGGCUGAGGAAGGUGAUGAAGGGUGCACUGUUGUCAAAGAUCCCUGGCUCGAGCGCUGUUGGUGGCUACGGUGACGGAUGAGAUGAGAGGGUUUCCUGAAAGCUCAGUGCUGAUCAGCAAGUGACUUGUUGUUCAUGAACAAAACGGCUGCUAGCAAUUUAUCAACUUUAUGAACUCAAUCAACUUUGACAUCAGGUGUUACCAAUACUAAUUCAUUUUUUAGGGAAUACUAAUUCAUUUUA